GAAACUUGGCGGCAUGCGGCGCGUCGACGGCUGCUGCGCGGACGCGCGCAACACAUUGAAGCAGAUGGACGCGGGCUCGGCCAGCUCGAGCGGCGGCGCGUUGCUGAAUGGCUGACGAGCGGCAAGCCUCCCGCCCUCCCUCGUGAAGCUCGAGGCGGCCGCCAUGUACCAGGAGGUGGCCUUCCUGGCCGGCAGCGCCGAGCGCCAGUUCACCCCCUUCCGCUUCAAGCGCGCGGAGAACCCGCGGGAGGUCUCUUCCGAGAAGGGCGUCUUCUACAAGCGGGCCCAGCGCCUCGUCAACAAGCCCCGGGUCCGCCGGACGGACGCCGACGACGGGGCGGCCAUCAUCAACGUGGGCGGCAUCAAGUACCGCAUCCCCUGGUCCACUUUGGACGAGUUCCCCAUGACCAGGCUGGGGAAGCUGCGCGGCUGCAGCAACGAGGCCGAGAUCAUGGACGUGUGCGACGACUACGACGGCAGCCGCAACGAGUUCUUCUUCGACCGCAGCCCGUCGGCCUUCCGCACCAUCGUCACCUUCCUGGCGGCGGGCAAGCUGCGGCUGCUGCGGGAGAUGUGCGCCCUGUCCUUCCGGGAGGAGCUGCUGUACUGGGGCGUGGAGGACGACCGGCUGGACUGGUGCUGCCUGAGGAAGCUGCGCCUCCGCCAGGAGGAGGACGCGGAAAUGCGCCGGCUGGAGGAAGAGGAGGCCGAGCCGCCGCCCUGCGAGGAGAGCCGGUCGCCGCCCGCCGCCUCCGACCGCGUCCUGGAGGGCGGCUGCAUGCGCGGGCUGAGGGACAUGGUGGAGAACCCCCACUCCGGAAUCCCCGGCAAGAUCUUCGCCUGCCUCUCCGUCUUGUUUGUCGCCAUCACCGCCGUGACGCUCUGCGUCAGCACCAUGCCGGACCUCAGGGAGGAGGAGGAGAGGGGGGAGUGCUCGCGGAGGUGCUUCAACAUCUUCGUUCUGGAGACGGUGUGCGUGGCCUGGUUCUCCCUGGAGUUCACGCUGCGCUUCAUCCAGAGCCAGAGCAAGUGCGCCUUCCUGCGCACGCCGCUGAACGUCAUCGACGCGGUGGCCCUCCUGCCCUACUACGUCAGCCUCGUCGUGGACUCGCUGUCGGCGGGCGGCAAGCCGGCGGGCUCCGGGAACAACUACCUGGAGAAGGCGGGCCUGGUCCUGCGCGUCCUGCGGGCCCUGCGCAUCUUCUACGUCAUGAGGCUGGCCCGCCACUCGCUGGGCCUGCAGACGCUGGGCCUGACGGUGAGGAGGUGCGCGCGCGAGUUCGGCCUGCUGCUGCUCUUCCUGUGCGUGGCCAUGGCGCUCUUCUCGCCGCUGGUCUUCCUGGCCGAGAGCGAAUUGGGCGCCGAGCAGGAGUUCACCAGCAUCCCCGGCAGCUACUGGUGGGCGGUCAUCUCCAUGACCACGGUGGGAUACGGCGACAUGGUGCCCAGGAGCAUCCCCGGCCAGGUGGUGGCGCUCAGCAGCAUCCUGAGCGGCAUCCUGCUCAUGGCCUUCCCCGUCACCUCCAUCUUCCACACCUUCUCCAGGUCCUACGUGGAACUGAAGGAGGAGCAGAGCCGAGCGCCGAGGCAGAGGCCCGACUCGCGGGACGGCACCAAGUCGCAGAACAGCGAGGACUCGCAGGACACGGAGAGCUACCGAGGCGCCGCCGUCUCGGCCGCCGCCGCCGUGUCGGCCGCGCGGAGGAGGAAGCCCGCGGCUCUGUUCGGAGAGGGCGCUUGAUUGCCUCCUUCCCGGGGAAAAGCGGGCUCUUC